AUGUGCGGAUGGAGGAUAGUGGCUGUUCUUUAUGUGCUCCUGGUUAUUAAACCGAUUAGCGGCAGGGAGAUAAGCUUAUCGGACGCCUCCACCGGUGACAAUCAUGUAUCAUACGGCAAUAGGACGUCGCGUUUCCUUUUCGAUGCCAUCUUCGGAUUGGAAGUGCCACUACUUGAAGAACAAAGCGUUGAAGACGAUGAAGAUGACGACACCCAAACAAAAAACUGCUCAUGUGAGUGCGGCAGAGCAAACCCACUUCCUAGAAAGAUGGAAUGCAACGGUUCCAAUCAGGAGAAUCGCAUUGUGGGCGGAACGUCGGCUAGUGCCAAUCGAUACCCUUGGAUGGCGCGAAUUGUGUACGACGGCCAGUUUCACUGUGGGGCGUCGUUGCUAACGAAGGAAUACGUUCUCACCGCGGCUCACUGUGUCAGGAAGCUGAAGCGCUCCAAGAUCCGCGUGAUCCUAGGCGACCACGACCAGACAAUCACCAGCGAAAGUCCUGCCAUCAUGCGAGCGGUCAACGCGAUCGUCCGCCACCGAAGCUUCGACGCGGAUUCUUAUAACAACGACAUCGCCCUGCUAAAGUUGAGGAAGCCGGUCAACUUCUCGCGAAUCAUCAAGCCUGUGUGCUUACCGCCCGCUGGGACCGAGCCGGCGGGCAAAGAGGGCAUAGUGGUGGGCUGGGGGCGUACAUCCGAGGGGGGGCAGCUGCCGGCGGUCGUGCAGGAGGUGCGCGUGCCGAUACUGUCGCUGACACAGUGCCGCGGGAUGAAGUACCGCGCCUCGCGGAUCACGGGCAACAUGCUGUGCGCGGGCCGCGCCUCCACCGACUCCUGCCAAGGCGACAGCGGCGGCCCGCUGCUCGUGCAGCAAGGCGACAAGUACCAGAUCGUCGGCAUAGUGUCUUGGGGCGUCGGAUGCGGUCGCCCCGGUUACCCUGGUGUGUAUACCCGGAUCACGCGGUAUCUCUCCUGGUUGCGUGCUAAUCUCAAGGACUCUUGCUUAUGUGACAAU